AUGAAGUUCUCCGUUGCCGCCGUCCUUGCCGCCGCCGCUGGCGCGCACGCCUGGUCCAACGUGACCUACGUCACCGAGGUUGUCACCGCCGUCACCACCUUCUGCCCCGGCCCCACCCAGAUCACCUACGGCGGCACCACCUACACCAUCACUGAGGCCACCACCCUGACCAUCACCGACUGCCCGUGCACCGUCACCAAGCCGGUGUCUGUUAUCUCGUCAGUGGCAUGCCACACUUGCACCGUCAGCGCUGCCCCCACCAGCAGCGUGCCUCUCACCACUGCCGCCACCACUGCCGCCACCACCACCAGCGCCCUGCCCACCGCCGGCGCUGGCCGCGUCGCCGCCCUCUCGGGCGCCGGCCUCGCCGGUGUCCUCGGCCUCGCCGCUUUCGUCCUCUAA